AUGAGUAAUCAGAUCUGUUGUGUUGUUGGUUGUACAAAUACAUAUAAAAACACGACGAAUGUUAGUUUUUUUCGUUUUCCUGGUAAACCUCAUGAAAUUCUACAGAAAAAUAAAUGGAUUCAAGCAGUGAAGCGAAAAAGCUCUAACAAUCAACCAUGGAAACCGAAUCAAAAUUCAAGAAUAUGUAGUGAACAUUUUAUUGAUGGUAAACCAUCCAAACACCCAAAUAGUCCAUCAUUCUAUCCAACAAUAUUUCCUAAAAUAUACAAACAGAAUGUUCCAGCACAAGAGAGUGUCAGUCGCUUCAAUCGUUUACAAAAAAGAAAAUCUUGUAAUACAAUUAUAUCUACCAAUUCAAGAAUAUCUAAUAAUUUAACUGUAUCAAAUGAACUUGUCUGCCCUGAUGUUUUUUGA